ACAAUCACUUCGCUACAUCUCAUGCAUCGCACCACAAAACCAGCCUACAAGUACGUAGAUCACUAACACAUAUUUUAUAACAAUUUUGUUUGCCACUUGUAUAUAAACAAACGCAGACCAACUUGAGAAUUAAUAUAAUUAUUAAUUGAUAACCUUUUUAUCGUGACAAUGAAGGUCGUGUGUAUCAUUGUGGCUUUAUCAGCUCUAUGUCAAAUACAAUCGCUGGACUACAGACUCUGCCAGGAAACGCCAAAGGAAAAACACUGCCUUAUAGAGUACAGCGUUCGAUACAGAUGGCCACAUGAGCUCAGAUACGUGUACAACUGGCACACUAAGUCCUGCUUCGAGAUCAGAUGGUCGGCCCACUGCGAGGCGGUGACGUCACCGGCUAACAACAACAACUUCCCUACAGAGAGGGAAUGCCUCGAUGAAUGCGGGGGCUGGUCAUAGCUCCUGACUGGCAUUCAAAUAAAGAACUUUACGCUA